AUGAUUAGGCUUCCAUCCGUGAUUUCGGUGGAUCUCGUGGUCAGGGUUGGCUAUUCUCUCUUCUCUUUCAGAAGAUUACGGUAUCUGCAGUUUAAUGGGGGGGGUAUCAAGAGGUUUCAAUGGUACGAUUUGAUAGGGCUUUGUCUCUCUUCGGGCAGAUCUAUCAAGAAUGAUUGUGGUUGGCUCUGGGUUGGAAAAGAUCUCGGAGAUCGGAGGUAUCUUGGCGUAAAUCUGAGGGAUUGUGUGGCUAUUGAUUUCACAGAUGAUUUCUGCGAUCUGAGUUGGUAUGGAAAUAUCCUUUUAUUUUUCCUUCCUGGAUUGUCUGCGAUUUCAUCUUUUAGAAUUCUAAUUACUACACUUCCGAGUUUGAAAAGGAUGAAGAUUCAAAAAGGUUUUCAUUAA